UACUGAGCAUCACCACCGACUCCCGCCUAGCCAAGUGCAAUCACCAUUGUUUUGAGCCACAACGUCACAAUGCCCAUCGAACUCCCUGAAAAGUAUCCUUUGGUCAUCGCUGCGGCGACCAGCACGGUCUUCCUGAACGUAUACCAAUACCUCAACGUGAGAAACCACCGUCGUGCGUCAGGGAUCAAGUACCCCCAGCUGUACGCUGAGCAGGCUGAAGUGGCCAAAAACCCACUCGCUCUCAAGUUCAACUGCGCCCAACGCGCGCACCAGAAUACGCUGGAGAGCAUCAGCUAUGUUCUUAUGAUGGGCUUCGUUACCGGGUUGAAAUACCCUGUGACUUCUGCUAGUCUGCUCACGGCUUGGAUCCUCGGGCGCGUAUCGUACACGUACUAUUAUUCGAAAGGCGACCCGACCAAGCGCGGCUUUUCGCUCUUCAAUACCGCUCUUACUGGGCUUAUGCUCACCUCCGUCGCUUCGGCAGGCCAGCUCGUAUAUGAGCUGUACAAAUAGACGCGAUGCAGUUCAGGGAAGGACCAGUAGCUCUUUAAAAAAUCAUUUGUGUCAUGUCAACCGCAGACUUUGCUCAUACACUAUGUUGAGGAGUGGUACUUCCGCGCGCCUUUUAUCCGAGGCAUCCGCGUCACAAUGUCAAUAUACAAUACAAUGUGACUUUGUA